UCGGGACGGGCUAAGGCGGCGUCGACGACGGCGUUGACGGCGGCGCCCCCUGGCGGCCGGCGAAGAGCACUGGACUAAGCGCUUGGGAGAGUUCAGAUCGGCAACAACUACAAUCGUUGAGUUCCCCAGAGUCUUUUCGGAGAAGGCAGUGUGGCUCAGUGGAAGGAGCCCGGGAUUGGGAGUCAGAGGUCAUGGGUUCAAAUCCCGACUUGGCCACCUGUCAGCUGGGUGACUUUGGGCCCGGCCCCGGCGCCGUCACGCCCACCCUGUCCGAGACGACGGAGGCCCAGCUGUCCGAGUUCGAGCUGCUGUCCAGUAUGUUCCCCGGCGAGGCCGAGCUGGUGGUGGGCGACCCCGUGGCCCUGGCGGAGCUGAGGGAGUUCGUGGAGAAACGGAGCCCGGAGCCGCCCGCCGCCGCCCUCCGCUACACGCUCAACGUGCCGGUGGAGGUGGCCGACGGCCCCGGGGUGGUGCUCGCCGUCGAGUGCAUCCUCCCUCUCCGGUACCCGGCCGUCCUGCCCGAAAUCACCGUCAGGUCCCCGGCCCUCGGCAGGACGCGGCAGGGCGAGCUGAACGGCGCGCUGAGCUCCCACCUGCGGGCCGGCGGGCGCGGGGAGGUCUGCGUCCUGCGGGCCGCCGAGUGGGUGCGGGAGCACGGCGCCGGGUACGCGGGCGCGGAGCCCCCGGCCCCCCGGCCCCCCGGCCCCCCGGCCCCCGCCUCGCCCGCCGCCGUCUUCACCCGGCUCUGGAUCUACAGCCACCACAUCUACAGCAAACGCAAGCGGCGGGACGUGGUGGACUGGGCCCGGGAGCUGGCGCUGAGCGGCUUCAGCGUGCCCGGCCGGCCCGGCCUGGUCUGCGCCGAGGGGCCGCGGGACGCGUGUGAAGAGUUCUGGGCCAGGCUGAGGAGGUUGAGCUGGAAGAGGAUUUUAAUCCGUCACCGGGAGGACUCACCCGUCGCCGCCGACGCCCCGGAGAGCGGGCGCAGAUUCUCGUCCUUCGAGGAGAAGGUGUUCGCCGGCGGCGCGGCCGGAGGAAACCACGUGGACCUGGGCCAGCUCUACCAGUUCCUCAAGACCCGGGGUUGUGCCCACGUGUUCCGGCUCCUCUUCGGGGUGGAGGGGCAGUAGGGGCCGGCGGGGA